CCAUCCCCCCCACCGCCAACUGUGCAUCCGCUUGGGGAGAUGAUUUAUCCCCAGGUCACGGCGCCGGAGUCUUGCACGAGCCGGUCCAGCCGAGAUAGGAAGGGAGAGGGGAAUAGUGGGGGUAGUACUUGGCCCGAGGGAAGGGGGGAGAAAGGUCCUGAUGGUGGGGCUACGGACACGCCUGACAAGAAGGGGGUACCUGGUGCUACGGGGGAGUUUCAGCCUGAGGACAUUGGUGCUGAUAUCGACAGAACGAGAAACCCUCUCUCAUCCGAAACGAAGGAGCACAGGGCUGUGAGGCUGCAGCUGGAGGAGAUUGGGGGGGUUGGAAUGGAGGAAAAGGAGAGUCCCGCAAAGAGGGGAACGAGUGCUCAAGGAGAUGAGAUCAGCGAAGCUUUGGAGGUUUCAGACCAAAAGGGGAGGAAAGGCAAAGCCGUGGAAGCGGAGACUGGGGCGGGAGAGCAGGUGGGGGUUGAAGAAGUUCUAGAUCUCAGUGGAGGGGUUAUGGGGGCUCCAAAGGCCGGCGAAGAAGACAUAAAAUCUUCAGCCCGAGUAUCGAGCCAAGCGGAAAAUACGGGAGGUGGAGAUUUUGGUCCUUCGCCUCACCAACUUCCCGAGACUAAGGAAACUUCACCCGACGUCAUGGCGUGCGAACCUAGAAGCUCAAGCCUCAAGUCCGCGGAUAUCAGGCGCAAUAGUGGAACAGUCAAAGGCCACGAUAGGGAUAUCGACAGCAAAAAGCACGACAAACCGCAACCCAAGAGAGUUUCAUUCGCUCCCGAACCAUCGGAAUCGAGCGCACCAGAGAUAUCAGCUACUACUGCCGAGACCGAAGAGCUCGAGGAGAUCGCCGAUGUCCCUGGUGAAUUCGGAAACAAUAUUGGAACAUUCGGGGGCCACGACAGGGAGAUCGGCGGGAAGCAAGAUGGCGAGCCCGCCGAACCAAGAUUGCAACCGGCGCAGACACCUGGAAAAAGCUCCAUGAUAGAAGAACUCUGGAAAAUUGUUGACAUCCCUCAGCGGCCCGGGCCAAAUCCUGAGACCGAGGAGCUUGAGGGGAUCGCUGACGUGGUUGGCGAGUUUGGAUAUAACAUUGGCACCAUCAGGGGCCACGAUAGAGCGAUUGAUAAUAGGUGCCGUGAUAAACCCCGGCAAAGCAACGCUCACCCGCCAGCCGUCCUAACUUCCGAAGGUCACCUUCCUGAUAUGGAAGCGCAGAGGACUCCUGAGUCACAUGGACUGGGUAAUGUGGCCGUGGAGGGUGGGGAACUUGGAUAUAACGAAGGCCAACUUAGCUUCGGUCCGGGGAGACGCGAGACUCACGGAGCAGAUAUUCGGGGACAGAGGGCAGUAACCGGGUCGGGUGAGAGCGCGGGGAUUAGCGGGGGCCAGAGGUCGAGUAAUAACGGCACGGCAACACGGGCUUCGCCAUCCCAAAACACAAACCGAACUGCCGAAUCUCAGGAAUUGAGCAGUAUUACCAUAGAGAGUGGCGAGUUCGGUUACAACAUUGGCGGGUUACCCAGCUCUCAUCCAGACGGACACAAGGUGCGCCGGCGGCAUUCUUCGGGGCAAACUCAAGGCCGGGAAGGUGUGGCACCAGAAGCGGAGGAGCUAGGUCGAAUUACGAUAGAAAGUGGUGAGUUCGGAUAUAACGUUGGAGGCUUGCCUAGCUCUCAUCCUGGCAGGCAUCGACGGCAUACUCAUGAGGGGCUACGAGAUCGACCCGGCCGGGAGGCAUCCGGGAGUCGCAGUCUAGGCCAAAUUGAACCUGGCAAUGGGGGGCUCGGUCAUGGCAUCGGCUACCUCGAGCACUGCCAACGCGGGGGUGAGAAGGAAACCCCUACUGCGCCAGGGAGCAGACAUCGAAAUAAGCAGCCCGCCUCUGGCAGCACGGCCGCUAAUGACACGCCCCAAUCCUACUAUCACAACUUCAUCUCAAAGUCCUCGGGUCGGUCAAUAUCUCCUCCGCGGCCAGCGCACGCCGCUGAAGCGAUAGAACCCGGAAACACCACAACUCGAUCCGGUCACCGAUCCCAGACAGCCACAAGCCACGGACCCCAUACCAUCCCUGCGAACCCUAAGUCCGACCCAGCCACCGGAAUCGCCACUGAGCUGGAUCUAGACAUCAUUCACGAGCAGCAGCCCGAUGCCCCACAAGCGGGGACAGACGAACAUCACCUAAAUGGAGAUGUCGAAGCGGAGUUCGUGAAGUCAGAGGUACACCCAUAUCCUGAGGAAGGGGGGAGCAAGGAGGAGAGUAUGGGGAGGAUGGCAGUGUGGGGGGUCAUUUGGGCUGGAUUUAUCAUAGCAUUGGGAUUGGUAGCCUUGUGGGGACUCGGUCACCCUGUAACUGGAUUUGGAUAUAGGAAGGUGGUGGGUUGGUCGGACGUAGUCGCGGAGUGGCUAUUCGAGGAGGGGAAGAAGGGGUCGUCU